AUGCGAGAGGCCGGUCGAAGCAGAGACUUUCGUCUUGUGUUCGCAGCUUGCACCGAUUGCCGAUGUCUGAGGGAUUUCUUCUGUGGAUCGUGGCCAGCUGCUACCGAGUUUGUAGAUCGAUUUAUACAUGGUCUGCCAGCUAUGGAGCUUCGGGGCUGUAUCCCUCAUCUACUGUGUCUUUAUCGAGAUUUGACUGCUUUAGUACGUUCAAUUGUGGGCACACAGGGAGUUCUACACGGCCCUGUCCAAAUUGGAGAUUUGGCUCCACCUGUAGGCUUCGUUUCCGACUGGAUUGUUCACAAGUUUCGUGAACUAUCCAAGCGAGACGUGAGAAGGCUGCUUGGUAACACGACGUUCAAUUAG